UAUAAAUCAUUUUCAUUAAAUUUCUUACAAUUUUAUCCCAAAAGAGCCACCGAAAGUCUUACAAAUAAUUCCCUAAAUAAAAUAAUUGUAUUUGAUUUUACAGUUAUAAAGCACCAAACUGUUGCUUUGACAAACAUCUCCCCUUUUUUUCCUCCCAAUAAAGCAAAACCAGUUUCACAAAACAGAGCACUCACCUCUCAUCUUUCUCUCCAUCAAUGGCUUCAGACUGGAACCAUGGCGAUCUCGAAUCGGCAUUGCACACUCUCGGCCCGGACAACCCGUUCCCCGAAAGCCUCUCCUUCCAUCUCUCUCAGCCCACUUCUUGCUGCCACGUCGAAACCGAAAACUCCAUGAAAGUAGACCUCACCAGGAACGACAUUCCUUACUUCUCUCGCUUUCUCACAGCUUUGAGCUGCCACAGCUCCCUCAGAAGCUUGGAGUUUCAUCUCGUCGACUGGGAACUCGAGCAGAUGCAAGAGCUUUGUAGGUUGGUUGAGGAUAAUUCGGGCAUUAGACAUGUCAUGUUUCGACGAAAUAGAUUGAGUAAUGAAUGCUUGGCAGAGCUGUGUUGUGUUUUGAGAAUUAACAGAGGGAUUAAAGAGCUUACGUUUUCGGAAUGUGGGAUUGGAUCGGUCGGGGUUGGUUUGAUUGCUUCUGGUUUGAAGGUCAAUGAUUCGUUAGAGGAGUUUCACGUUCGGGAGGACUCGAUCGGGUCAAAAGGCGUGGAAGAACUCUCGAAGAUGGUUGAAGAAAACUCGACUCUGAAGCUGUUGUCAAUUUUCGACACGAAUUCAAUCACAGUUACCCCAUUGAUAGCUGCAGUUUUGGCAAUGAAUAGGAACUUGGAAGUGCACAUUUGGAGUGGAAAAAGUUCAAAGGUGGUUGAGUUUGUACCUGGGAAUAGCACACUCAGAAUUUAUACGCUAGACAUAAAUGGCACUCGCACGGUUGCCUGCGCGCUCGAGUUGAACUCAACGGUUAAAACACUCGACAUGACUGGUAUCCAGCUGAAAUCUCGAUGGGCAAGAGAAUUCCGUUGGGCGUUGGAGCAAAAUCGUUGCUUGAGGGAGGUAAAACUAUCGAAAACUCACUUAAAAGACGAGGCAAUCGUGCAUAUAGCAGCUGGACUUUUCAAGAACAAGCACUUGCAGAGCUUGUUUCUUGAUGGAAACUUAUUUACGGGCAUCGGAGUCGAGCAUUUACUCUGUCCUUUGAGCCGGUUUUCGACCCUGCAACUGCAAGCAAACAUAACUCUCAGAUACGUAACGUUCGGAGGUCGAAGAAACAAGAUAGGAAGAGACGGGCUAGCUGCUAUUCUACAUAUGCUCACAACGAACGAAACUCUUACUCAUUUAGGGAUAUAUGAUGAUCAUAGCUUGAAACCAAAUGACAUGGUGAGAAUAUUCAGGAGUUUAGAGAAGAACGCAUCGUUGAGACACUUAUCGUUACCCGGCUGUAAAGGUGUUGAUGGAGACAUGGUGUUGCAGACAAUAACAGGGAUGCUGGAGGUAAAUCCUUGGAUCGAAGACAUCGACCUCUCGGGAACUCCUCUUCAGAAUUCCGGGAAAGCCAAUGGAGUUUACCAAAGGUUAGGACAGAACAGGAACACUGAUCUCGAACCUCUGGUGGAUUCGCUCGACACGACCUUGACCGAGCCAAAAAGUUGUAGGAUUUUCCUCUGUGGGCAUGAAUCUGCAGGUAAAACUUCCAUAUUGCAGAACUUUGGUUCUUCAAAACUUCCCUUCACAGAACAAUUUAGAUCUUUAGUAGCUCCAGUUGAACAAGCAGUAAGAACAAUUGGAAUGAAGAUAAAAACUUACAGAGAUGAAGACGUAAAAAUAUCGGUUUGGAAUCUAGCUAAUCAGCACGAAUUCUAUUCGCUCCACGAUCUCAUGUUUCCCGGGCCUGGAACUGCAUCAGUAUUUGUGAUCAUCAGCAGUUUAAUCAGAAAACCAAGUAACAAAGACCCGAAAAACCUGAACGAGAUAGAAGACGAUGUUCGAUAUUGGCUACGGUUCAUAGUUUCCAACUCUAAACGAGCAUCACAGCAAUGCGUGCUUCCAAACGUAACUUUGGUUCUAACACAUCAUGACAAAGUCGUACAACGUUCACAGAACGUGCAGCAAACUUUGAUGUCAAUCCAGGGAUUGAGAGACAAAUUCCAAGGCUUCCUUGACAUAUACCCAACAGUGUUUACUGUCGAUGCACGCUCAUCGGCAUCGGUAAACAAACUCUUGCAUCAUCUUCAGAGAACGAGCCGCACUGUUCUCCAAAGAGUUCCGCAAGUUUACCAGCUCUGUAACGAACUGAUCCAAAUUUUGAUGGACUGGAGAUCAGAAAACUACAACAAACCAGUAAUGAGAUGGAACGAGUAUCAGGAUCUAUGUCAAGUUCGUAUCCCUCAGUUGAGAAUACGUUCGAGACGAAGUAAUCGAGACAAGAUCGAGACAAGGAGGACGGCUCUUGCUACUUGCUUGCACGACGUAGGAGAGGUGAUUUACUUUGAAGAACUCGGAUUUAUGAUAUUAGAUUAUGAUUGGUUUUGUGAAGUUCUUGGCCAACUAAUAAGACUAGAAAUUAGAAACCAUUCAACCAACAAUAAUGGAUUCAUCAGUAGAAAAGAACUGGAAAAAGUUUUAAAAAGCAAGUUACAUAGCCCGAUCCCAGGAACGAAUUCGAAGGUAUUUGAAAACGUGCAAGCUAGUGAUCUAGUGGGAAUGAUGCUAAAACUCGAACUCUGUUAUAAACAAGACCAAUCAGACCCGAAUUCGCCAUUGCUAAUCCCCUCGGUUCUCGAAGAUGGUAGAGGAAAACCACAAAGGUGGCCGUUAAGUAUGCCCGACUGCAUCUACACAGGGCGACACCUAGAAUGCGAUGAUUCGAGCCAUAUGUUUCUAACUCUGGGAUUUUUUCCUCGACUACAGGUGGAUCUAUAUAACAGAAUCAUGGGAUUAAAGAACCAAUAUGUAGCAAAUUACAGCUUAGAGAAGUACCUGAUCACAAUAAACAUCAAUGGAAUGUAUGUCAGGGUAGAGCUCGGAGGACAGUUCAGCUACUAUAUCGAUGUCCUGGCAUGUUCCACGAAGAGCUUGACCGAAACUCUCGGAUUUAUCCAGCAGCUUAUAAUCCCAGCAAUUCAUGACCUCUGUAAUGCCGUCAUCUUGACCGAAAGCAUAAUCAGGCCCGAAUGCGUGCAAAAUUUGGUGGCACCUAGACAUAGGAAAACCCAGAACAUCUCAAUACAACAACUGAAACUCGCAUUGCUUUCAGUUCCUGCUGAUGGGAUGUAUGAAUAUCAGCACACAUGGUGUCCUGUGUCAGACUGCGGUAGAGAAAUUGUUGCAGUCGGGUUUGAUUUUGCUCGAGAGCUAUUAUCUGACGAUGAUUUCCGGGAAGUUUUGCAUAGGAGGUACCAUGACCUUCAUGAUCUUGCUGUUGAACUGCAAGUCCCGCACGAAAACAAUCCGGAAGCAGUUGAUCGCUCGUUAUCCAAUGACGAAACUGACAAAGUUGCAGCGACGUUCGAUGGAAUUGCAAAAGGGGUUGAAGCUGUUCUGCAGAGAUUAAAGAUCAUUGAACAAGAAAUCAGAGACUUAAAGCAGGAGAUAAAAGGUCUAAGAUAUUAUGAACAUAGACUCCUCCUUGAGCUUAAUCGAAAAGUGAACUAUCUAGUGAAUUACAAUGUUGAAAUCGAAGAGAGGAGAGUACCAAACAUGUUCUAUUUCGUUAGAACGGAAAACUACUCAAGAAGGUUGAUUUCUAACCUGAUUUCCGGAAUGAAUGCUCUCCGACUGCACAUGUUAUGCGAGUUCCGAAGGGAAAUGCAUGUCGUUGAAGAUCAGAUAGGUUGUGAAGUCCUGCAGAUUGACAAUAUGGCAGUCAGGUCUUUAGCUCCAUAUACGACGAAGUUCAUGAAACUGGUAACGUUUUCUCUCAGAAUUGGAGCCCAAGUAGCUAUGGGAAUGGGGCACAUGAUCCCAGAUUUGGGUCGGGAGGUUGCGCAUCUAGCUGAUUCAUCGUUCUUCCAUGGGGCAGCUGGAGCAGCUGCUGCAGGAGUAGUCGGGGCUGUCACUAUCGGACGUGUAGGUAGUAGGGGAAAAAGCAGAGCUGGGGACAUUCAGCAAGAUCUCAGAACAGCACAACAAUGGGUUGUGGAUUACUUGAGAGAACAGAGUUGUUCAACUGGAAAAGAUAUUGCUGAGAAGUUUGGGCUGUGGAGAGUAAGAUACAGGGAUGAUGGUCACGUUGCAUGGAUCUGCAGAAGACACAUGAACCUCAGAGCACAUGAAAUAAUUGAAGUUCCCAUUUGAAUGCCUAAGAAGAUUCAUGCUAUGUGUCUUUCAUAUGUGUCUUUCACUGUGCGAUGUCGUGAUUUUGACAUGUUCAUGAUCUCUUAAGAGGAAUCAAGCCCCAUAAAUAUUUUUCGCCC